UACAGUAACUCAGAAGCUACAUACUGUAUUAUGACAACUGUAAAAUAAAAGAUUUUAGGAGUAUAAACACAGUAAAUAUCAAAAUCUAAAGCUAUAGUAUAUUAACACUCUGAACUGACACCAGAAGCAUAUUUGGUUUUAGGGUUUGUAUUGAAGUUUUUAAUGUUAAUGUUUAAUCUUGUAUUUUUUUUUUUUUUACUUCAUACUGUGACUAUUUCCUGUAAGUGAACCCUAAUGCAGGGUUUGAUUUUAAUACACUAAAGUGCCCUUCUGUAAUAAGGAGAGGGAGAAAUGACCUUCAACAUGAGUAGGUCUGGAAAACAAGACUUAAAGAAAGAAGAAAGAAUGAUGGCUGGAAAGAGAUCAGACUCACCAGAACCCAGCUGUGUGUCCAUGAAGAGUGACGCAUCAAUGGAAUGUCCAAUUUAUUUCAAACAGAGAUCUGAUGUAAAACCACAAAAGAAUAAAUCAAAUGGCAGCUUAAAUCAAAUUGAGUCCAUAUUCAAGGAGCUGGAACACAAAGUCAUUACUUUGUUAAAGAAUGAGUUGAAGAGGUUUAGGGAGCUCCUGAGUCCAGAAUACCCAGCAUGCACUGAGAGGGAGGUGGAGGAUGAGGCAGAUCGGCACAGUGUAAGAGAGGGAGUGCUGAAGAUCACACUGCAUGUCCUGAAUAACAUGAACCACACAGAUCUUGCUAACACAUUGCACAACAAACUCACUUCUUUGUAUCAAACAAAGUUGAAAUCCAGCCUGAGAGAGAAAUUUAAAAGGAUUAAUGAAGGAAUUUCACAGCAUGGAAGCUCAGCACCUCUGAAUGAGAUCUACACAGAACUGUACAUCACAGAGGGUUGUGGAGACAUAAAUAAUGAACAUGAGGUGAGACAGAUUGAGACAGUCUCCAGGAGACCAGCAACACAGGAGAAACCCAUCAAAUGUAAUGACAUGUUUAAAGACAAGUCCAUCAGAACUGUGCUGACUAAAGGAGUUGCUGGAAUUGGAAAAACAGUCUCUGUGCAGAAGUUCAUUCUGGACUGGGCUGAAGGAAAAGUAAAUCAGGACGUCUUCUUCAUGUUUCCACUUCCCUUUAGAGAGCUGAAUAUAAUGAAGAAACAAAAUCUCAGUCUGAUGAAUCUUCUUCAUCACUUUUUCCCAGAAAUGAGAAAACUAGAAAUAUUAGACUGUGACUCAAACAAAGUGCUGUUAAUCUUUGAUGGUCUUGAUGAGUGUCGACUUCCUCUAAAUUUCCGGAACAAUGAGAUAUUGUGUGAUGUGAGAGAGUCAGCCUCAGUGGAUGUUCUGCUGACGAACCUCAUCAAGGGGAAUCUGCUUCCCUCUGCUCUCCUCUGGAUAACCUCUCGACCAGGAGCAGCCAAUCAGAUCCCUCCUGAGUGUGUAGACCAGGUAACAGAGGUACGAGGGUUCAGUGACCCUCAGAAAGAGGAGUACUUCAGGAAGAAGAUCAGUGAUCAGAGCCUGGCCAAUAAAAUCAUCACACACAUAAAGUCUUCAAGAAGCCUCUACAUCAUGUGCCACAUCCCAGUCUUCUGCUGGAUCUCAGCCACUGUUCUAGAGAGAAUGUUCCAUGAAGCAGAGGUUGGAGAGAUCCCCAAGACUCUUACUCAAAUAUUCACACACUUUCUGAUCUUUCAGAUCAAACACAAGGACCAAAAGUACCAUCAGAAAUGUGACCCUGAUCCUAAGCAGACCAGAGAAAGUAUCCUAGCACUGGGAAAACUGGCUUUCCACCAACUGGAUAAAGGAAACCUGAUCUUCUAUGAGGAAGAUCUGAGAGAGUGUGGCAUUGAUGUCAGAGAGGUGUCAGUGUACUCAGGAGUGUGUACCCAGAUCUUCAGAGAAGAGUUUCAGCUUCGCCUGGGAAAGAUGUUCAGCUUUGUACAUUUGAGUGUUCAGGAGUUUCUGGCUGCUUUAUACACAUUUCUCUCCUUCAUCAGCAGAAAUUCACAGCACCCAACCACCAGUCUGUCUGAUCUUUUCAACAAGACAAACAUAUCUGAUUUUCUUAAGUGCGCAGUGGACAAGGCUUUACAGAGUGGUAAUGGACACCUGGACCUGUUCCUCCGCUUCCUUAUGGGUCUAUCACUGGAGUCCAAUCAGACUCUCCUACAAGGCUUAAUGUCACAGACAGGAAAUAACUUAAAAAUAAAACAGGAAACAGCUGAAUACAUCAAGGAGAAGAUCAGGGAGAAUCCAUCUCCAGAGAAAUCCAUCAAUUUGUUCCAUUGUCUGAAUGAACUGAAUGAUCAUUCUCUGGUGCAGGAAGUUCAAACUUACCUAAACAGAGGAGGAUACAAAUGUCUCAGAGGAACCAGACUUUCUCCUGCUCAGUGGUCAGCUCUGGUGUUUGUUUUACUAAAUUCAGAACAGGAGCUGGAUGUGUUUGAUUUGAGUAAAUAUGACCAAUCUGAGGAAUGUCUUCUGAGACUGCUGCCAGUGGUUAAAUCCUCCAAAACAGCUAUGCUGUGUGACUGUAAUCUGACAGCGGAAAGCUGUAGAAUUCUGUCCUUAGUUUUCAGCUCAAACUCCUCCAGUCUGAGAGAACUGAACCUGAGCAACAAUGAACUGCAGGAUUCAGGAGUGAAGCUGCUCUCUGAUGGACUGAAGAAUCCACACUGUACCUUGAAGAAACUGGAACUCCAUGAGUGUAAUCUGACAGAGGAAAGCUGUAGAGUUCUGUCCUCAGUUCUCAGCACAAACUCCAGUCUGAGAGAACUGAACCUGAGUAACAAUAAACUGCAGGAUUCGGGAGUGAAGCUGCUCUCUGAUGGACUGAAGAAUCCAAAUUGUACACUGGAGAUACUGGAGAUGCGUUACUGCAGUAUUACAGAUGAAGGUUGUGCUGCUCUGGCUUUAGCUCUGAGGUCAAACUCCUCAUCACACCUGAGAGAACUGAAUCUGUACGGUAAUAAUACAGGAGAAUCAGGAGUGAAGCUGCUCUUUGAUCUACUUAAGGAUCCACAAUGUAAACUCGAAACACUACACAUUGAUUCAUAUUUCCCCACCAGGACUGGCAUAUAACAGAAGUUUCAACCCCAUCCAACCCUACUUUCCAGGAUAAAGUAGCUACAUAUUAAGCUUUCUGAAAAGGAAACAGUGACUUUCACUCCAGGGAUGUUGCUAGUCAUAAAUUUCAACUUGGGUACAGGCCACUAUCAUUUUCUUGAAUUCCUAAUGUAUGUACUAACGUAAAUUACACAAAUACAACAAUCAAUGAUGUAAGGGUUGUCUAAAGAAAAAAUAUUUGAAUCAAAAAUGUCAAAUUUUGUAUAAAUGAAGUAAACAGUAAACAAAAAUAAACUCCUCUAGGAUGAGUGCCUCUCACUUUCAACAUUUCAGAAACAUGAACAUGAAUUUAUGUUAUGAAACAUGAACAUGAAUUCAAUCACUCACUGUAUGACUCAAUGUACAAAGCUCCUGUUUUCAAUGAUAAGACAGCAAUACGGUUGUCUUGACCCAUGCACCUCAGCUACUGGUGUCCUUCAUCUCAGCAACUGAAUGACUGUUUACAACUACAGCUGUACAUAUUGCAUCCUGCAAAUUUAUAACAUGCUUCAGUUAACACAGAGAAUCACAUUAUAAGAUGUAAUAAGCUGGCUUCACUUAAAAAUAAAAAAGAAAACUCAUUUCUUAGAGGAAGAAUUUGUUUACUAAAAAUUUAAAAAAAUAUCUAAAUUGAAAAUUAUUAAUAACCAAUACAACUAAAUUGAACUUUUUAUGUUUAUGUAACUUGACUGAGUUUUUCCACAAAUUUAAAUAUUAAAAUCAAUAAAUUUGUGUAUCUCUGCAGGUAUGCUGAAUGUUUAUUGCAUUAUCUAUUAAGAUAUGUUAAAAAUGUUAUCAAUAUCACGGUUGUGAGAUUUUGUUUUUUGUUUUAUACAAAAAAUUAAAAGAAGAAAGAAGAAUGAGGUCUGAGUGAAGAUAUUGUCAUACUGAACGCUUUUCACGUUUAAUCAUGUAUAAAUUGUAAUUGUGUUUUUCGGCAUGUAAUUUUUUUCAUUGAAUAUCAUUACAUUCAGCCAAAAAUGCUAGGAUUUUGAAUUUUGAUGGUGUUUGGGGCACCCUAUUUGCGUUCUCUUGGUGGGUCUGAUCAGCCUGCUUAGUGAAGGGGUGAGACGUGGCAUGUGUUUAAAAAUAUUUUGUGCUCUGUGUAUCUGUGCAGGCAUGCUGAAUGUUUAUUGCAUUAAGAAAUGUUUAAAAUAUUAUCAAUGUCACUGUUCUGAGUUUGAAGAACGAGGUCU